AGGCAAUUUGUCUCCAAAGAAAAAAAACAAGAUAUCUAAUCGAUACACAAUAAAUAUUCACUACUUUAUUGGGAACUGUAGUGCAAGUCCAUUAUAACAAUAUAUUCGUUAUGGAAAAAUCAACCACACAUUAAGAAAAGAAAAAAUAUAGUAGCAACUAAAGUCUUGACGGUAGCAGGCUGCAAAGACCUAUCCGAAGAAGUGAGAUGGUGUCGCGGCUGGUGGUGGUGGAGGUCCUGGGUGGCGACAUGACUCUCAUCUGGCGCCAGGACUGAGUAGUCUCCCCUCGGGGCCUCCCGCACCUCACUAUCGCGGCCAGGAUCAAUCUACGUGAUAAUGGCGGGGCUGUGUGGGUGCUGGAAGCUCUCCUCACACGGCCACUGCGAUGGUUGUGGGUACAAGGUACUGCUGCGGGGGGCUCUCAACCCCGGCGGCCAACCAUUCAAACAAGACAAGUCAAGCCAACAGAGAGACUUCUUGCCUCAGCCGGUGCUUAUUAAAAAAGACAAAAAAGACGAAUCUAAGUUCUCAACUAUUGAGACACCAAUUAGGCAACUGCAAUCGUCGCCCUCCCAGCACCGCCGCCACUCCCACCCGUUCCAUCUAAUGACUGAAAGUGGGCGGGAGAAACCGCAAGAAACCCAGACGCAGUCACACAGUCUACAACGACGACAUCCGCAUAGUCUGCCGCAGUCUUCCGCUUAUAAUGUACCACUGCCAUCCUCGCAGGACCCAUCGGCAUUACAGCGGGAGCCUCGGCUUCACGCAUGCUCGCACGAGCAAACUUUAGCAGCAAGUGGCAGCGUACACGUGGCAGAGCCACGCCAUCAGUGGGACGGAACUCGUCUAGGAUCUUCUUAUCCACAUCAGAUGCUACUGAGCACGAUGCAACCGCCCGAAGAACUCCGAGCACCAAGUCGGCCCCAAGUCCACCCGUCCCUCCAGCCACUUGACGCCGUCCUGCAAGAUAUCCCGCAUAUUCCUUCACUACCAGCUUCUCCACGUCCUGGACACAGGCCACCGCCAUUUGACCUGAGCUCCUUCAUUCCGCCUCUAUCGCCACGUCUGGCCGCAAAUGAGGGGGCAAGUGAGAGCAGGUUCUUUUCUGGAUCACUGGUUCUGGGUCCUGCCUCUAAUCUUCAUAUACGGUACCAUGCUCUUAGCUUGGCAAGGGCCUCAUCCAGGUCGCACACUGACCUAAGAGAGACUACACCGAUUUCUUCGGCAUCUACUUCUCCUCGGUCAUCGUCAGGAUCAAGACCUAACUCUAUGUACAACUCAUUCACGUUGCCACCACCACCGCCGCCCCCGAGAGCACGAAGGUUCAGCGUCCGGAAGCCACAAGAGACCAAUCGUAGUCAACAGGUUGUCGGACUGAAGCAAACGCAAAAAUCAAGGGUAAGUGAAACAUUCCUUCUCUAUCGGGAAGAUUGA